AUGUCCCAAGGCAAAAACCGAUCUUCAAAUCCGACGAAAAGAGAAGACAAAUCAGAACCAACAACCAUCCCAACUGAUCUGAUCAUCGAGAUAUUCUCGAGAUUGCCAGGGAAGUCAAUUGCUAGGUUUCGGUGCUUGUCCAAGCUAUGGAGUUCCACGCUUCGCCGUCCAUUUUUCACCGAGUUGUUUCUCACUAGGUCAUCGGGUCGUCCACGUCUCUUAUUCGUCCUCAAAGAAGCCCCCAAUGAGUAG